GUGUAAACAUGGCGAUUCGACCUGUUGUCAAAAAAUCUUUCUAAAUCUGUCAAUAUGUUGUCUUACUGGUUGUAUUUUCUUUGUUGAUAGUGAUUGAUAAUGUCAGUGUCAGAUCCACUCCUCAAGAAACUAAAAGGUUAUGUUGCUGAAUUCCGCAGCAGCUCUAACCCUAUUCGAGACUACCAUCCUCAUCUUCUGCCAUUCUGCGAGACUAUUGAAGAGAUUCUGCGCAAAGGAAUCAAACAUGUCCCCUCCUUCUUUGGAAUUCAAAAGCGAGAUUACUGGGCAUGGCUUUCCACAUUAGAGGAAAGUGAUAUUGGAGCAAGAUAUAACCCAACAUUCCACAUCAUCGUCAGUGCAAUCAAGUCAUCACCAAAGCUUAAAACUACCCAAGGAAGGGGGCGUGCUUUCUUGAGAGCAGCACUUCAAAAGAAAGCCUUAAAACAUCCAAUACAAUGCUUAGUUCGCUCUACAGCUUUUGUUGAGCCGUGGUAUGACCCCUUGUUUUCUAUCAUUGGAAAUGAAAUCCUAUCAGAGAUCUUUCUCUCCUUACUCCAUGAAAUAGGAGAAAUUACCUUCAAGCUGAAUCUCAAAAACUGUACAUUUUUGGAUGAAACUUGGGUUAUACCAAUAUACAGGUCCUAUGAAUUUGUACCAUGCAAGGAUCUAGGAAUAUUAGUACAAUAUAUCUCGGACAGAGUUGUUGUGGAGAGAGUUGACAGUGGAAGUGUGGCAGAGGAGGAUGGAAAGAUUCAACCUGGUGAUAUACUCGAUGAGCUCUAUGGAGAACCGUUACGGAAUGUCAAGAAAGGCAAGAUGCCAGGCUUACUGAAGCAGAAUCAAGGCUUCCCAGUCUACCUGUCAGUCGUUAAGUGCCAUAUGCCUGAUGGAUCCAUCUUCCCUCCCGUGGUCAAGCUGCUGAGACAGGUUGGCAAGACUGUCGACACGUUACAGAAGGUCUUGGAGGAACAGGCAGAGUAUGAAUCCCGUGCCGAAGACACUGAUCGGAUCCCCCCACAUGCCCAGUUACCUGAAGACGACAUGGACGAGGUACCUGUGUCUAAUCCAGAUGAUACCGCCUGUUACUCCUGUCACUUUGUGGGGACAUUACGACUUGGACCGUACGGUGGAGUAGAGCAGAUUGAAACAGCAAUAGCAACAAUUCGACAAAAUCAUUUAGAUUCAAGUGCCUACCAGCGAGUCCAAGUUGACCUUGGUGAAACUGGUGUCUUAGUCACAGACUCUAAGACCAAAGAAGAAAUUUACAACCAUUCGUACACAGAGAUCUCUGCCUGUGGACGAAGAGUGGAUGCCGUCGAAUAUUUUGCAUAUGUGGCGGGGGAGACCACAUGCACGCUGGCCAAGGAUUUUGUGUGCUUUGUUUUUAAAGGACGGAAUGAUGAAGAUGCCAAGACAAUAUUGUGUAGUAUUGCGCAAGGUUUUGAAAGGACCCACUGGUUCGUCUGAGGAGUGAUGCAGCAUAAUGUGAUGCCUCAGACUCAUGGUACUUAAAGCCAUUUCACUCGAUCAAAACUAUGGACUCCAUUACGACUGAAAUAUCUUCCAAUCACAGCAAAUGAAUACCCCUUGGAUAUCUAUGACUCUAAAUACAAGCUGUCGGUUCUGGUGUCAUUGGCCUCUGUCAUAGAUAAUCUCAUCAGAUUAGAUGACAAACAUGUGGCCCUUGGUGGAAACAACGACGUCACAUCUGGACAACAUGAUCAUCACUUGAUCCAGCAGUUGAAUAUUAAUGGCUGUAGCCAUGCCAGGACCGGCAGUCAGACAUGUGGCAGCUAAGCAGGUGAUGAAGCCGAUGAUGCUAAAAAGGUUCUUCAAAGCAGUGGUUUUCCGCUUCGUCAGUUUUGUUACAGUUUGUACUUGGUUGUUACAAGUUUGAGUUGAGUAUCCUUGCAAAGGAUUAUUGAAUGUGAAAUGUGUAUAAAUUAUGAAAAGCAGCAUGAUUUCUUCCUCUUAUUUAAGUCACUUUAUCUAGCAUGGGUACUGGGUUACUUUCCUUUAAGCAUACUCUUCUCACAUGUAAUUUUAUUCUCAUGAUAGACAUGUAUUUGUGUAGUCUUCCUCUAAGAUAACUGGCAAGAAGAAUAUCUGGAAUAAUUGACCGUUUAUUGAGAUAUUAAACAUUAGGGGCCGAAUUUACAAAGGGUGUUUAGCUUAAAACAGCGUUUAAUGUCUGAAUAGACAGAGUCAGGGCCUUGCAGGGUUUCUUCAUGAAAACCGCAUUAGGCCCUGAAACUGAUUAUGUAGAAUUUACACGCGUCUAACUCUUAAACACCCUUCGUAAAUUCGGCCCUAGGUAUUCAGGAAAGCAAGUUGGCCUUCAUUCCAAGUAAGGCUGCUGUAAACAUGUAGGGCAUCAUCUCGGUCACGUCUCAGUAUUGCAUUUACCAGUUAUCAUAAACUGUGUACGGAAAUCUCAGAUGCCUUCUACCUGGUGUGGUUUGGUAUCUGGAAAAGGACAGUCUUAGACAUUUAUUAAAGGCAACCCUGAUAAAACAUGAAAUGUCCAUUAUCAAAAAUGAGAUUGAAAAACCUGGCUCCGUAACAUCAAGAUUGCUGGGUGGCCGGUUAUGUUGAUUCUCCCACUUCAUUUUCUUGUUUUCUCCCCUCUUUCCUCGGAUAGAUGACAGUGUGUAACCACUUCAUUUCAACUUCUUACCAUUUGCAUAUAUAUAUGUGUUAUUUAUUGUAUAGGCCUAUUUUCAUUAUUGGCAUUAUUGUUGCAUUUUUGAAAGGUGAUGGUUUUGUUCUAAUCAAAUAAAGUUGA